AUGAAAUCAGGCAACAAAGGUCAAGAUGGCCGAGUUGGUCUAAGGCGCCAGUUUCAGGAAUUGAUUGUGAGUACUUGUGUCUUAGGAGCAAUUUUUGGGGCUGCAAUCGCAUACCUGACAGCCCCAGAUGCACCAAGGAGUUGCUGUAUGACUUGCUUGAAAGCAGAUUGUGCUUUCUGUGCUAAUGCAGCCAGCGAAUUCCAUCCUGGAGCCUGCCUGGAUUCAUCCAAGGUUGUAAGGGGUGAAUGCCGUGCUGAAAAUCGUGUGUUUUUCGAGAAGUGUUGCCCCAGCAAAUUCGGAUUUCUUGCUGUUAUACUACUUGGACUAUACAUCAUUUCCUAUUCACCUGGAAUGGGAACCGUACCAUGGAUUGUGAACUCAGAAAUCUAUCCGUUGAGAUACAGAAGUGUUGGUGGAGGCAUUGCUGCUGUGUCCAAUUGGUGUUCAAAUCUGAUCGUGAGCGAGUCAUACAUAAGUCUCACGGAAGCUCUUGUUGCCGGUGGCACAUUCCUCGUAUUCGCUGGAAUUUCUACCAUUGGCCUCGUAUCCAUCUACUUUUUAGUCCCUGAAACCUAAGGCCUGCAAUUUGAGGAGGUGGAGAAGCUGCUAGAGGAUGGCUACAGACCACGCUUAUUUGGAGGAAAGAAAGAAAAAUCCAAGCACCAAGUUGAAUCUGCGUAA